AUGAAUUGUCGAUCGGAGCUUCUUGAAGUUACAGUGGAGGCGAGGCAGGUUGAAGAAUCAAUUCUGUCAUUGCUGCACACUAUUUUACUACACCGCAGCACUGGAAAAUUUCACUAUAAAAAAGAGGGCACCUACUCUAUCGGUACAGUUGGGACCGUUGACAUCGACUGCGACUUCAUCGACUUCACUUUUGUCAGAGUUUCCUCGGAUGAGCUUGAUAGGGUGAUCAAAAAAGCAGUGACUGAAUUCAAGGAUGCUUUAAGCGUCUCGGGAAGUGACGGCAUCGGUCAAAUAUCCCUGGAAUUCUACCAGAAGAAGAAAUCUCGCUGGCCUUUUUCGGACGAAUGUAUCCCCUGGGAGGUGUGGAGCAUCAAAGUCAAUGUCGUCAACCUGGCGAACGAGCAGGAGAGGCAGAUCUGCAGGGAGAAAGUGGGAGAAAAACUCGGCGAGAAGGUGAUCAACGUCGUCGAGGUCAUCAAUCGUCACGAGUAUCUGCCCAAGAUGCCCACUCAGUCCGAAGUGGACAAUGUGUUUGACACCAGUUUGAGAGAAGUCCAGCCUUAUCUGUAUAAAAUCACGUACCAGAUUACGGACUCUCUGGGUACGUCUGUGAGCACCACCAUGCGAAGGCUGAUAAAAGACACUCUGGCACUGUGA